GUAUACCCCGGAAAUCACCAGGCUGGUGUUUGGUGUGUUGGGGAAAGGAGUACUACUUUUAUGUAUUUCAUACUUCACAAUAAAACGCGGAAAAAAAAUCAUUUUGAGUUCACAUUAACUGAAGUGUGAAACCUGUUACUACUCGUCAAAUGGCCUCCUCACCAACAGCACUGCGUCCCCAAAACAAAAGCCAGAAGGAUCCUGUGGGGAUUUUGAAGCAUCGGGAAUUACAUAAAAAUUCAAGAGCCAAGCUGCACAUGGCUCAGUCAUCCAAAAGAGGAGCUGAAAACAAAGACCCCAAUGAACCUGCCAAACCUGCGAAGGGAGUAAAUAAACUCAUGGGGGUCAGUCGGCUUCCCGUACUUGCAAAAUCGCUACAGUCGGCUGUAACAAACGUAUCUCCAAAUCCGGCUCAUAAGAGAUGGGAAGAGAGGCCUCUCCUGGGUAAAGCACAGAAGAGGAAGACCUGCACCAAGCCUGUCCCUUUCAAUUUCUCACAGUCUCGGACCCGCAACAAGAAGGGCACCGAAGCUGUCUCUGAACCAUCGACCGAGUCUGGAAAUCCUACGACCCAUCUGACUCGUAUACCGGCAAAGACGCUGAGUGUCUCUCGACACGAAACUAAAACUGGAGCUGCUGCUCAAAAUGCUGCUUCAGGAGGAAAUAUAUCAGAACAUGCCAACACUGCAGUUACUGAUAAUGUCUCUGUAAGCACAGGGAAAGGAAAUGAUAUAAUCUCAGCCAUUCAGAAGGACUUGAGCACAAAACUGGGAAAUAUCACACUUGCACACACACAGCAUACCAAAGAUGAAAGAUUUUCUUUUAAAGCUAGUGGGUUUGAAGACCAAGCUGAUUGCCAUCCAAACACUAAAAAGACUAUACAGACUCUUUUAUCUGCUGAUUGUAAAACAGGUUUGUCUGAAGGAGUGGGUAAUGUAGCAGCUAAUAGUCAGACUCCACGUGUUUCCACGUGUCCAUCUGGACCAGGCUCCAGCGUUUACCUGCCACAGAGAGUCUCUGUGAAGAAGAAGAAAAAUGGCUGUGGUCCUGAGGCCAUAUCAGAAAAUACCAUGCCAUUCUCCCCUGACCCCUCAGCCCUUCGCAGUAUUCAGCUGAAUGAGGGAAUUAAAGUCAGAGAUUUUGAUGGAGCGACACCUCGUGUGUCUACCUGCCCCUCAGGCAGAGGCACCUCCAUUUACUCGGCUCAGAGAGUACCCAUGAGAAAGCCUCAGACACACACGGUUGGAGAACCUGCAGAAAAUACCAUGCCAUUCUCCCCUGACCCCUCAGCCCUUCGCAGUAUUCUGCUGAAUGAGGGAAUUAAAGUCAGAGAUUUUGAUGGAGUGACACCUCAUGUGUCUACCUGCCCCUCAGGCAGAGGCACCUCCAUUUACUUGGCUCAGAGAGUACCCAUGAGAAAGCCUCAGACACACACAGCAGCAUCAGUUGGAGAACCUGCAGCAGGGACAGUGUCCUUCUCCCCUGACCCAUCAGCACUUCGUAGUAUUCUGCACAAUGAGGGCAUUAAAGCGGGCAGUUCUGAUGUAAUGACGCCUAGAGUGCCUCUCUGCCCCUCAAGAAAAGCCACCUCCAUGUACACAGCUCAGAGAGUACCGGUGAAGAAAGCUAAAGCAGAAGAGGCAGCACAGACUGGUAUCAGCCAAACUCCCGUCAGGAAGUGGACGCCGCAGCGGGUUCCCGCCUCCCAGUCGCACUCUGUGAAGAGGCUAAACUCUACACAUAAGACAAACCUCCUCAACAUCUCCCCUGGAUUUGGUGAAACACAUGACCCCAGCACGGCCAGUUCCUCCCAGCAGGAUGAGGAAGUGGUUCAGAGGUUAUUUCAGGAAGAACCAGAGCAUGAAGAGAACGAGCAGAUGGAGGACAGUGGAGACGAGGUUACUUCGGGUCAAUCGCUGCAGCAUCACCAGUCUGCUGAACAUGAAUUAAAGCAUGGAGGUGAAACAGAAACAGCAGAAACAGAGCGUUACCAUUCAGAAAAGGAGAAGCUCCCAGCAGAGCAGCCGUUCAUCCAGGCACCACACAGGCAGUCAGUCAUCGUGUUUUCAUCUGGUCAGAAGCUGCUGCCUCGGAAUGGUGCCUCAAUUCAGACCUCUCAGCAUGCAGCACAGCUACAGCCAUUCGCAGACCAAACCAGCAGAUCACAGAGUGAAUUGAACUCUCGAACAGAUAGAACAGCGUCUCCUGGCAAGCAAUGCAAGACAAAAGCUUCAAGCGUCAGCUUGGCCGUGUGUGCUCUGAGACGCCGUCUGCCACCCCUGGAAGAGAUGUUUCUGGAUGAAGAAUGCGCUAUGUACACUUCCCGCCAACGGUCAUGGCCGACUCAGCCCCGCUGCUACAACCCCGUGGCCUCAACACUCCUCUUUCAGGACUCUACUUGCUUUGUGCCCAUUAUCGUGACCAGUCCAAGCCUCAGCCCUGUUCCACAAAUCUCCAAACCAAUCAAAGUGUGAAGACUUAAUACAAGCAUCUGAGUGUUUGUGUAGAUUUCCUUCAAUUUGUCCCACUUGAAAUUUGACAGUUUUGUUCUUCAUGCCACUCGUUCAGUCUGAAUAGUUAGACUGUUGACAAGAGGCAUCAGAAAAUCUUAAACCAAAAGAAAUGAGUGAAUCAGGUCAGCGUCACUACAUACUGAAUACAUGAAGCAAAAUUAAUUGACCUCCAAAUGUUAUUCUAUUGUAAUAUGUUUUCCAGACCAUGUUUAAUAUUAGUGUUUUCCAGACAGUAUUAUUUUUUAGAUUGUUUUUUUUUUUU